UGAAGAGUAAAGACUCAAGAACGUUCUCCUCUUUACUGAAUCGUCUGUCCACUCCAUCUGUUGAAGAGACUCUCUUGGAAAUUUCCCAGAUGGUGUCUUUUGCUUGUAAAUUAUCAUCCAGACAACACAAGAAGGUUUCCCAACACGUCAGUGUUUAUUGGGCUCAAGUCGAAAUUUGGCGGGAAUUUCUCUGCAACUCUCAAGCUUCGGCUUUCCAUGAAACAUCUUUGAAGUUGUUUAUGAGCUUUCAUUUCAACUUCAAAAAAUUGGUUACUUUAAAAUCCCAAAUUCUGGGGAUGUAGGUAAUCAAGAUGGCUUUAUCAACUGCAGCAGGAAUUUUACUGGGUGCUCCAGCACAAGAGUUGCUGAGAUUCAUCAUAGCGAACAUGAAUAAGGCUCUUCAUUUCAGAUCUUAUCUUGAAAAGCUUAAACUCACACUCGAGAUCAUCACACCGAUGAUCAAUGAAGUGGGCCUCUUAAAUGCUGUGUUAACAGAUCGCUCGAGAUCCGAUAUCGAAAGAUUGAAGGAAGAGUUAGAGAAAGGGGAAGAUCUUGUGAGGAAGUGUUGGACCGUCGCUUCUUGGAAUUACUUCAAUAGGUUAAGGUAUUCAAAGAAAAUUCUCAAAUUUGAUAAGAAUUUACGGCGGUUCUUCAAAUUGGAAGUGCAGGCGGAUAUCUGGCUUGGUAAUAAACAGAUUCUGGUCGAUGUGAGAGAGGUGAUGAGGAAAUUGGAUAGGAUGAACAUGAGAUUGGAGGAUUCUUCCUCUGUGCCUGAGAUACCAGACAUGACUUUUGGAUUGGAUGUCCCUCUGAAGGAAUUGAAGAUGCUGUUGUUCAGAGAUGAUGUGAGGGUUCUUGGGUUGUGUGCUCCUGGAGGUUGUGGGAAGACCACUUUGGCUUCCAUGCUUUGCCGAGACAGAGAGGUUACAAGCAGGUUCAAGAACAUAUACUUUCUUACAGUUUCAAGUUCACCUGACUUCAAGGUGAUAGUACAGAAAUUGUUGGGACAGAUUUUUCCAACAAAUCCAGUGCCCCAUUUUCUGAGUGAAGAAGAAGCAAUUAUGAAGCUGGGAAACUUGAUGACUCAGAUAGCAGAAGAACCAACAUUGUUGGUUCUUGAUGAUGUUUGGGAGGACUCAGUUGUUCGGAAAUUCGUCAUUGGAGCAGUAAAAUAUAAGAUCCUAGUUACUUCAAGAGCUCAAUGUCAGGCCUUCGAUUAUAAAUACUCCUUGAAAAUGCUCGAUGAUGGAGAUGCCAUAGCUCUCUUCCGUCACUCAGUAUUUCCUCAAAAUGGGAAUGUGAAGUAUGAGGAGCCUGACAGGGAGCUUCAAAUGAAGAUAGUGAGAGGUUGCAAGGGAUUCCCAAUGGCUCUUAAGGUGAUUGGCCACUCAUUGCAUCUGCAGCCUGCCAGGGUGUGGCAACAAAAAGAGAGGAUGCUGUCAAGUUGCUCCAUUUUUAAGUCCCAUAGUGAUUUGCUGAGUUGUCUUGCAACCAGCUUAGAAUACUUGAAUGAGGAGGUUCAAGAAUGCUUUAUGGACCUGGGUUCCUUUCCUGAAGAUGAAAGAAUCCCUGCUUCAUCUCUUAUAGAUAUGUGGGUUGAACUUUAUGGAAUAGAUGAAGUUGAUGCUUACAUCAACCUUCUUGAACUUUCCACACAAAAUCUUGUUAGUCUGAUUGAAAUGACCAGCGGAGAUGCAGGACAGAUUGAUGGUAACUUGGAUGGACUAUUUGUUACCCAGCAUGAUCUGCUUCGAGACUUGGCUAUCUACCGAAGCCAGCAGAAAAGUACAAGAUUAAUCAUGAAGAGAAAAGAAGAGAAGCUUCCCUGGAGAUGGAGCAGAGAAGAGCACCAGUUUCAAAAUGCUCGCCUUAUCUCUAUCCAAACAGGUGAAAUGUCUUUCUCUAACUGGUACAAUAUGCAUUUUCCUGAAGCUGAGGUUCUAAUACUGGAUUUCUUUGCGACAAAGUACACCUUACCUCCAUUUGUUGAGCAAAUGGAGAAGCUGAAGGUACUAAUCAUCAUAAACCAGGGCCGCAACUGUACCCAGCUGAAUUAUUUGACCGGACCUGAUUACUUGUCUACUUUAAGGAGAGUUAGGUUACAAAAAGUUUCGGUCCCCUCUCUAAAUGAAAUCGCAAUGCCAUUGAAAGACUUGCAGAAGAUAUCACUGUUCAUGUGUGAGGUUGGCCAGGCCUUGGGGAGCUGCCACCUCAAUUUCCCAUACAUGUUGCCGAAUCUUGUGGAGAUCAACAUUGACUAUUGCAAUGAUCUUGUGGAAUUGCCCCAAGGGAUCUGCGAUCUUGUCCACCUACAGAAGCUCAGCAUAACCAACUGUCCUGAAUUAUCUGCAGUGCCUGAGGGAAUCGGAUCUAUGAGAGAUUUAGAGGUAUUAAGGCUCCAUGCUUGUACAGGAUUGGUAGAGUUACCUAACUCAAUACAAAAUCUCAAGAAGCUAAGGUUUCUUGAUAUAUCGGACUGUUUGAACAUGGGGAGGCUGCCUGAAGGGAUGGGUGAGUUGCAUGGAUUGGAAAAGCUUGACAUGAGACAGUGCUUGGUACUAACAGAAUUGCCUACUUCUAUCAUGAAUCUUGUGGAUUUGAAGGAUGUGGUCUGUGAUGAUGAGACUGCUAAUCUUUGGCUGCCACUCCAAUGCCAUUUACAUAAACUUAAAAUUGUGAAGCCUAAAGACAUCAACCUGUUCUGGCUUGGGGUUGAUCUCUAGAGCCCCAGCUGCCUAUACCCUUCAUGUUCUUUCUGUUUCUUUUUCUCUCUCUCUCUCUCUAAAUCUGGAGGUUUUUUUUUUGGAGGGGGGGUUCCAUUACUUCAUCUUGGUGUAUAUAUAUAAUUUGUAAUUUUUUUCCUGAUGGAAUAAAAUUUUAUCUUGUAUUUUGGAGAACCAUCAUCUCAAAAUUAGAAAUCACCGAUACGAGUCUUUAUCUUUCAA